AUGUCAGAAUCGUCAAACAAGGAGAUGAAACGCACUGAAUAUCUUCCUGAAGAGGUGGUGGAGUACAUGAUGUCGCAUUUCCUCCCAAUCCAAUCUCUUUUACGCAAUCGUACGGUGGCCAAGAAAUUCAAGGACAUGGAGGUUCUGUCCCGAGAUCUUGACUUCAGCCGAAUCCACUCGGUGAAACGCUCUCAAUCUGAGGCUAUAGACAUCAUUGAAAGCGUUUUCAACCAGCACAAAGGCUCGGAGAUUGAUCGUUUUGUUCUACCUCUCGAUCCUACUGGCGUGGAGGAUAAGGUAAUUCAAUGGAUCAAUACGUGUCUUGCUAAGAACAUAGAAGAGCUCGUGUUAGACUUCUCUAGGUCGAAGAAAGUUUUAGAGAUCCCGAUCGAGUUCUCGGCAAUUGAGACACUAAGAGUCUUGAGUCUCAAAUGGUGUACGUUCCAAAUUCCGGACAAUUCUCCAAAAGGUCUUAAGCUUUUGAGAACACUUGAGCUAAAGAAGACAAAUGUGACACAAGAGAUGGUGGAUGCAGUUUUUAAUAACUGCAUCUACAUUGCAUCACUUGAGCUAGCCAACUGCCAAAUGGAGGGGAUCUUGAGCAUCAAUGCUCAAAACCGCAAGAAGUUCAAGUCUCUGGCUGUGUAUUCCAUGCCAAAGAUCAAUAACAUCAUUCUCAACGCACCAACACUCGAGUGUUACAUGUAUCAUGGAUUUGUGAGGGUGAUUGACUUUUCAAGAGUGGAUUCACUUAAAGAGGCAAAACUCCACUUUACUAAGAGUAAGAGUCGCAAAUCCCCACUAUCGGGCGGUUGGAGUAAUCACCAUUCAUUUGACAUGCUGCUUACGAAUAUGAAAGUGUAUUCAAAGCUUCAUGUCCUCGCAACAACACACAUCUUUCUUCAGGCUUUCACCUCUAUAGGGCCCUACGAAGAAAUGAGAGAACCAACUUACUGCUUUCGGAACUUGCAAGAACUUCAGAUUUAUUUUAGAUCUCUUUAUGACAUCGCUGGAUUUCUCGAUCACUGCCCUAACCUCAAACGGGUUUUGAUCAAUAUAAAUGGUUUCACAUUUGAACCGGAAACUGAUGGGGCGUGGGAGAGUUAUAAUGAGCAGAGGAAAUACAUUGAGAAUCACAACUUCGAGAUGGACUCUAUCAGAGAAGUCGAGAUCAAUGGCUAUAGAGGCCUCUGGGGUGAGCUUGAGAUAGUGCGGUUCUUUGCCUGGAACGCAAGAUUUCUAAAGGAGUUAAAGUUGGUGACUCCUAGAAAGAGAAAAGUCAAACUUGGUAAAUUUGAUCGUAUGAGGAUCGAUAACAUAGAAAUUCUAUCUCUAAGGAAAGGUCUCAUCACAGUAGUCGAAAGUCAUCAGGUUGCUCCCAAACCAGAAUAG